AUGGAUCGCUAUCAACCAGCUAUGACAACCAUCCCAGAGAUGCCAGAAUCACACUCAAUUCUCCACAAAGAACCAGCAGCAGACACCAAACAUCCAGCUGAUGAUGAUAUCGAGCCAUGUGAGAAUGAAACACCAGAGCUUGAGCCUGAAUCCAAUCACCAGACAGACGCGACUCCAACACCACCAGCCUUAGAAACCAACACUUCCGUCGAGAUCAAAGUCCAAAGUCUCACGGCCAAAUUCUUCCUCAAUCUCCCAGACGAAAGUAUUAUUCCUGUGCAUUAUCUGGAAAGAGCAGAAGAUACUGCCAUCCUUAGACGUACCGUUUGGUGUUUCCGGAAAGCCGAAGACGCUCGAAACGUGAAACUUAGAAGAUGGUCAUUCGUCGACGAUCAUUUCCGGGGCCUCUUCAUGACCCUCAGGAAGCUACCCGACUUCAAGCCUCUGUACGAGGAAGAUGAGGACGACGAUGAGAAAGAAGACGAAGUCAACGAGACCAGUUCAAAAGCCAAGUUCGACGAGAAUUUCAGAGUCCAGGGGCAAGCCAUGUACGCUUUGCUGUCCGGAAUCCUGCGAUCGUUCCAAAUCACUCGAGAUACAGGUGAUCGUGAUGCUUACUAUACACUUCGGGCAAGGCUUAUGAAUGGUAUGAUGGAGUACUGGACCGGGCAUAAUGAAAAGUACAAAGACGCACCCCUUACGGCCGGACUGUUGAACUUAGAGCGCCGCCCUGACAAAAAGACUCCAUCAACUAUACUCCCACUCUCAGCGUCAUUAGAAGAUACGACCCUGAAAACUGCACUUGAGGGCAAAUUCAAGUUGAUGUUGGGGCAGCUCGUGUUGAACAUCUCGCGCCUGCACCCCAUCGGUGAUCAGUUUCCGAACCAAGAAGUCUAUCUGAUCGGGCUGCAUGGCCCUCGACUGCAUAUCUUCCGUGCCAUGUUUCCCGGUCAAAAUACUUCUCGAUUGUGGUGUGGACGAUACAACCGACCCCCCUCAGAGGACGAAAUUCUUGAACAAAUCCUGAGCUCGGUGGGGGGACAUUUAUACCCAGGAAAGAAGGCCGGGCAGAUUGUGCAGCAAGCUGAAAGGCCGGCCAUAAAGAGUGACGACAGCGAUCCGGAUCCCCACAUCUUUCAAGUCCUCGGCAGUCGAGAGUACCAUCUCUGGAUUAAGGAUGAUUUCCGCGCGGCCAUCAGGAUGAUUGUCGGCUUGUUCAUGUACCUCAUGAGUGGGAAGGCACGUUGCGGAAUUCUCCAAAGCUCAUUUAAGGAUUGUCCUCAAAGCCAGUCGAAGGAUGAGGAGCAGCAUGCAGAAGAGUCUUAUGAAAGAGAACUCACAGAUGAGGACCGAUUGGCGGAGGCGGAGAAGGUGGUGGAUGAAAGGGAAGAGAGGAAGCAGACGACGGACCAGGAAGCCGCGAAAUUGGGCAAAUGGUUACGCAAUUCGGUCGAACGCUUCCGAAUCAGAGAUUGGUAUAAGCGGAAACAUGACCGCCAGCAGGUCAGAGAGGAGGAUGGUGCUUCGGGGAAGAGUUAG